UCGGAAGGAUCAGAAGGGGUGAAGAGGUCGUAGGAGAGAGAAAGUGUAAGGGAAGAUAAAAAAAGAAAUGAAAAUAAAGAGGAAAAUAAAAAAAAUGUGGCUGAGAGGCACCAAAGGUCCCCCCCCAUCCGCCUUCAAGGUGAAGAAAGCACCCGACGAAUACAUAUAUAAAGGAUCCUUCUGCCGGCGGAGGACAUCACUCGCAUCCUUUCCCCUCCGUCUCUCGGCAGCCUCAUAUGAUGAGGAUCUUGGAACCGUCUUCAUCUGUGGAGGAUAUCCUUAUCUAAAUGCUGCCUCAUCCCAUGAUCCUUCGACGGGUGGAGACAGUCUUAGCUCAAGAGGACUGUGUUUACUUCGAGGACAGAGUUUACAUUAGAAGACAGUGUUUGCUUCGGGGGACAGUGUUUACAUGAGAAGAGAGCGUCCUCCUCGGAAAAGGGUCGUCGUGGGCCAAGUCAUCAAGAGUAUAGCAUUGUCAAAAAAUUAAAAAAAUCAUCAAAUGGGGAGCACUGUCUUCUAUACGGUUUUAGCGUGCGGUUUCAUCAUAGCAGAGACUGCCAAGUUACAAGAUCAUACAGAUCCCUCAGGGAGACAUUCAGGUAGAUUUUCCUCUGAGCAUUCAACAGGUCACAAGUCACACAGUUCCAAACGGGCACCUGAGCAAAUCUCCAUUCGGUUGCUGACCAGCGCCCUUAAGAACGUGCUAUCUAGUCAAGAUGAUUUCGUGGUUUCAGACCAGUCAGUUAGUUCAAGCACAGGAUUCUCUGAUAGUUCUCAGCAAUCGGUGGGUGAUCGAUUUGAAGAUUUAACUGAAAGGAGCGCCUUCCCUGAAUUACAGCUUGCCCUACCCAACAGAGAUCUCUUUUGGCAACCAGAGCUGCAAGAUUUUGGGUCUUUUGGUACACCAGGAAAAUCGGCUUUCGUAAAAAAUGCCCCCAGCAUUGAUCAAGAAACUUCAUUCGCAGAUCAAGAUUCUUUUGGAUCAAAUUUAGAAACCUCUCAAACAGCUGGCCAGUCAGGUACUGAAUCAUUUGAUUCUUUAUUCACUGAUGGACAGUUCAUUGUCUCUCAGGUAGAAUCCACGCAGCAUGGUCAUUCAAAUCAGCAAUCGCCUUUUAUUUCAUUUAAUGAUAAUCAUUUCAGUGUCUCGUCUUUAGAAUCCUCCAAAGCAUUCAGUCAUCAGGGUUCUGAAUCUUUUGCAACCUCAUCUCCUAACCAACAUAUCACUGUUUCUCAUUUAGAAUCAUCCAAGCAACAAGAUCACGUGGAUUCUGAUUCUUUUAUUAUCUCAUCCCCUGAUCAACAGUUCACUCUCUCUUUUUCAGAAUCUACACCAGAAACUGGUAACACUCCCGAGUCGUUCGUAUUAUCAUCACAAGGCCAGACAGAUUCUGAGUCUCUUUCUACGCCAUUCAGUGAUCACCAAUUCCUUGAUUCUCACACAGGCUCACAGCAACAAAGCCACUUAGAUUCAGAAUUAUUCCCACCUUUGCCAGGUGAUCAGCAAUCGACACAUUUUGAGCCACCGAGAGAUUUUAGUUACCUGAAAUCUGAAUCACUUGCACCCCUAUCUCUCGACCAACAUCUCGAGGUGCCCCGUUCAGAGUCCUCACAAGGUUUCGGUCCUGGGAACUCUUUCCCAGAUAAAGAAUUCCAGUUUUCUCUUUCAGAGACGCCAGAACACUUGACUCAACCAAAAACAGAUUCGUUUACUGCUCCAUUUCCUGACCAGCAGUUUGUCGUUCCUAAUGCAGAAACCCCUGACGAGUCAGGUCAUUCAGAAUCUGAUCUUUUUGCUGAUGGAGGACACUCUUUUCUCUCUGAUAGUCCAGGUCAUUUAAUUUCAAGUUCUGGGCAGGUGGCAGAAUUCUCUCCCACAAUAACCUUUAUUGAUUCAGAUACUCCAGAAUCAAAAUCAUUUAACGUACAUGAUCAUUCGUCCUUAGGCAGCCAAAUUACAAACUUUGAUAGAGGAAUCCAGAAGUUUGAUGGGCAAUCUGGACACCCAAACGUAUACGAAACCUUCAGUCAAUCUUCAUCUCCUAGCUCCUACCAAUCCUCCUUUAAUACCAACUUCAAUGUAGAUGGUAGCCACUUGAACACCCACCCGGGAGGCACAACAGGCACACCCAGCAACCAAGAUUUCUACCAACACUCCCCUGGUCUGGACGAAUUCGACCAGACAGACCAAGGAUGCCCAGGCAACCAAAUCCGGCACGUAGAUGGUCAAUGCGUUAUACCUGAAAUUUCCCGCAGGCUUUUCGUCAUUGACGUGCCAAAACUCGAGACUGGAGUGCCGUCCAAACAAGAAGUCCCUUCACCCAAGGUGGAGGAAAACAUCCUUUUCAUACGCACGCCAGAGGCCUUCAGCGGACCGGGACCCAUCAUUGCCCCGCCCCCUCAGAGGAGAGACACCAUUUUCAUCCUCAGGGAAAGUCCUCAAGGGCAGGAUCGAAGGAUAAUUGAGGUGGACACGCCUCCUCCUCAAAGGCCAAAUGUUUAUUUCUUAAACUAUGACGCUGGACAGAGGCCAACCCUCCCAGACGGUAUAGACUUGGAGACGGCUUUGCAGUCAGCCGUACGCAUUGAAGGGAAGGUUAUAGCUGCCAGUGAAGAAGGAAAGGUUGCUGCUGGAUUUGCGAGUAACAGUGACGCGUUAUUGACACAUAACAGUAACAUACACACGCAUGGAGUAGCUUCAGAGACAUCUAUACCUGAACAUGAUGUAAGACGCCAUAGUGUUAAUGACUUCAUUAGCCCAGUACCUGAUUUUCUGUCCUCAGGCAGUUCUGAUUUUAACCCCACAGUUAAUAUUGCUCACAGUACAAGCGGUAACAUUAAUUUUGGUAGUACUGCUGCAUUCAGGUGAAAGGAUAACACCGGUUACAGUGAAGAAAUCAAAGUGUGUGUGUGUUAGAGAGAGAAGGGGCAAGGGGCCGGGAAUUCGGGAGUCGUCACUAGCAUGACUUACCAAAGAUGGCUUUUUCUGUCACAACAGAAAAUUAAUCGUUCUCCAUCUCUCUCUCUCUCUCUCUUCGAUGUCCUUGGACAAGCAGCUCAGUAAUUUAGCUUAUAAGUACAACAAAACGUUUUGAAUCGUGAUAUGUGUGUUCCUAUCCAAAGACUUGAUUAGCUUCGAUUGAACUUUCCGAUUGCUGAUAGUGAACAGAGGUGGGGUACUCAUAAGCCGUCUCUUCCUGUAAUAUUGGCAUUAUCUAUAACGUAUAAGGAGAAAGGACGCCAUAAAACUUCGAUGCAACGAUGAUUAAUUUUUCUUCGACUUGAGGUAAACUAGAUUGGUUGAAUAUGAAAUGGUUAAUUUUGUAUAUACAUUAUAAUGGCAAUUAAAAAUUUAGUUUGUCUAUUUAUUUUUUUAGUUAACAUAAAAUGAACUGGAACCAUAAAAUAAUAUGUUAAUUUGUUAUUUUUCAUAACACUGGUAACUAGGUUUUUGUUUAUGUAGACAAAUAUGAGGAGACAUUAAUAAAUUCUUAAUACCUCUGAGAUUGAAAAGAUAAUGUUUUUAAAUUGACGAAAACAAUAACAGGAAACCAAUUCCCCGUGUUAUCUCAACUGCAUUUACACGAGCAUACUUCUCUGCAGCUUACAAGCAAUUGAAAACGGUUUUCUUUGAAGCUCUGCUACCGAAUUGGAAUGUUCUGCAUAUCCCUCUUAAACGUGUUGGUUUGCAAGGAGCUGUUUUUAUAUUUGUGGCGCACAGUAAUGCAAGUUACUCGGCACGCAUGGCGUAAGGCAUUUUGAUAGACGCCGAGAUAUUGCUUAUCUUAACUUUUGUUAACGAGUCCUCGUGCUUAUUUGGAGUUUGUUAGAUAAGCGGUGAGGUUUCCUUCACGUUUUGUUGUUUGGGAAUGGUCUUUAGGGAUGUUAUGAUAUUUAAAGCUUUGGUUGUUUCAAGUUUUUAGUCAAUUCUUGUUGAUUAAAUGGUUAGGAUUUUCGUCUUUGACUGAAGGGAAAGCUUUACUUUUAUUUUUUCAAAACAAAAGUACUUUAAAUACAGACCAUCUCCUAUUCGUUUUAAAACAUUGAAGGAGCAUGGCAUUUUUAAUGAUAAAAACUAAACGUCAAUGAAACUAUUGUAUGGAUUUGGUUGAGAGAGAGAGAGAGAGAGAGAGAGAGAGAGAGAGAGAGAGAGAGAGAGAGAGAGAGAGAGAGAGAGAGAGCCAGAUCAUCCUGCUGUUAUCAAUUAUCGUCUCUUAAUCAAACACCGUGAAUCUUACGUCACGGGAAACGGGGUCAUUCUCUUUCGCAGUCAAUGAUUCUGCCCUGAUGCAAGACAGAGAGAGAGAGAGAGAGAGAGAGAGAGAGAGAGAGCAGGGGAAAAAACAAAAGGCUUAAUAACCUGCCCAAACAUUUAGCUUCAUCACUCUCCAUUGUAAUAUGCAAGCCCAAUAUCUCUUCCACUCAGAAGCCCAUUCCUCGUCAUCUUCUUCUUGUGCUUCUCUUUUAUGAUUCUCACUCCCGAAAAACUCGCUGCUUAAUUAAGUUGCUUCACCUGUCUCCUAUUCUUCUUCUUCUUCUUACGCAAUUUUCCUUGUACCCGAUGUUUACCCAAAGCCGGGUUUAUUGCCCCAAGGAAAGAUAACCUCAGCAAACAGUGUCUGGGAUUAUCUUUUUUUGAUUGUUUGUGGGUGUGGCGACGUUCAACUGUCAGGAUUGUACGUUGCUUUAUUUUACGGCAAAUAAUGUUUCUCGAGCUCGUUGUGUAUGAAUAUGAAGCGUUUGAUGCUAUGGAGGUUUUAUGCUAGAGUCGUUUAUUCUUCUUUGAUUUAGCAGCUAACGGAUGAAUGUGCCACUGACUUCAUCCUUUUUGUGUCUGUAGUCUAUUGUAUUUGGAGAGGGUCUUUCUGGUGUUAAAUGCAAAAUGAAGUUAAUUUAUGUUUUUCCAUAUGAGUGAAAUAUCUACACAAAAGGUUCCUUCUUCUUAGAUUUGAGAGCUAAAGGAUGAAUGUUAGUGGCUUAAUCCUUUUGUUUCUGAAGCCUCUUGUACGUAUUUCGGGAGGGUUCUUUUUUGGUGUCAAAAACAAAAUAAAGUUAAUUUAUGUUUUUCCAUAUGAGUGAAAUAUCUACACAAAAGGUUCCUUCUUUGUAAGUUUUGUGAGCUAAAGGAUGAAUGUUAGUGACUUAAUCCUUUUGUUUCUGAAGGCUUUUGUAUUUGUGUUAAAGGCAAAAUAAAGUUAAUUUGAGCUUUUCUAUAUAUUGAGUCGAAGGUUUGGAGAUCUCAAGUUACGUAGUUUGUACCUCUUUUACCAUUAGUAUUACUAAGUUUUCACAGUAAUGGAUUUAUAAACUUGUCUAAACAAAAGUAUCUUUAAAAAAGGUUAAUUGUUGCAAAGUUUGACGUAAUGAUGGAGGGUUUCGAUUCUUGUGAGGUUUUAUGCACAGGAAAACGAACUGAAACUUUGCCUAAUCAGUUUUGAUA